AUGGGAAGCAUUCCUAAAGCACCACUUGGCUCAAGUACCGAUGCUACCAUUCCUCUACUCGGCUUUGGAACUGCGGCAUGGCCGUUUGAAGGAUCCGACACCGUGAAAACUUCCAUUCUGCAUGCAAUCAAGCUCGGCUAUAGACACUUCGACUCCGCUGCAAUAUACGAAUCGGAAGGGCCACUUGGUGAGGCCAUAACUGAAGCUUUAGGGCUAGGGUUCAUCAAAUCUCGUGAAGAACUGUUUAUCACGUCAAAGCUUUGGUGCUGCAAUGCACAUCCUGAUCGCGUCAUUCCAGCCCUACGACAAACCCUCCAGAAGCUCGGGUUGGACUAUCUUGAUCUCUACCUAAUUCAUUUUCCAGUUAGCUUGAAGCCAGGGGUUGACAAAGUGCCAUUCGAUGGGAAAUACCUUCUUCCUAUGGAUUUCAAGUCAGUUUGGGAAGCCAUGGAGGAGUGUCAGAAAUUGGGGCUCUCAAAAAAUAUUGGAGUGAGCAACUUCUCCUGCAAGAAGCUCAACCUGUUACUUGCUACAGCAAAGAUCCCUCCCGCAGUAAAUCAAGUGAGUCUCCUAUCAUCGAAUUAAAGAUAGAAAACGGAACAAAACAAAGAGAUUUUUUUAGUUCAACACACUUUCUUUAUAUUAAUGGACUACAAAGUUACAUCGGCGUAUUAUUAACUAAUUACAUUGUGCUUAACCCUUAAAUAGGGAUAUAAAACUAUCACUCGAUAAAAUAUUUUAGAUACUACUAAAACUUUAUAUAUUCUAUCAGAUCUCUAAUAAACUUAUUUAAGAUAUUUUAUGACUCUUUCAAGUCUUUUUGUACUUGCUAUGGGGUUCAAAGAAAGAUAUACUGUUGUUUUAGUUAUCUCAUCGACCUUUUAUUUUAUUCAAUAAGGUGAAAAAUUGAGCCCAUGUCGGACACAUAUUAAAACAUUACAUCGUGAAUUCUUCUGCUUAAUAACAAAUCCGGUCAAACCACGGAACCAACAAUGAAACAAAAAGAUGUUCAUAAUCGUGGGAGGAGCCGCAUGGGGAUUAGGAGGGCAAUUGGCUCAGAUGAAGACCACUUUAGAUGACGACCUAUAAAAUUAUUUUAUACAUU